AUGGCCAAGAACACGGCGCUGCACUUCCGCGUGGUGGAGGGACGGGACCUCCCCGCCAAGGACGUGUCUGGCACAAGUGAUCCGUAUUGUAUCAUCAAGGUAGACAAUGAAAUCGUGGCCAGGACUGCUACGGUUUGGAAGAAUCUCAACCCCUUCUGGGGGGAAGAAUAUACUCUGCACCUUCCCAUGGGGUUCCACAACCUCUCUUUCUAUGUCUUGGAUGAAGACACCAUUGGACACGAUGAUGUGAUUGGCAAAAUCUCCCUGAGCAAAGACGAGAUUUCAUCACAGCCAAGGGGAAUCGAUCGCUGGAUCAACCUGAGCCCCGUGGACCCCAACGAGGAGGUGCAGGGGGAAAUCUUGCUGGAGCUGCAGGUGGUGGAGGAAGCCCACCAACGGCUGCUUUGCUGCCAUGUCCUUGAAGCCAGAGAUCUAGCACCGCGUGAUCUCUCAGGAACGUCAGAUCCCUUCGCCCGCGUGCUGUUUAAUGGGCAGAUCCUGGAAACCGCUAUUAUCAAGAAGACCCGUUUCCCACGUUGGGAGGAGAUGCUGGAGUUUGUCCUGGAAGAGGGAGCUGGUUCCGAGGCGCCCCUUGUUGUAGAAGUCUGGGAUUGGGACAUGGUGGGCAAGAAUGACUUCUUGGGACAGGUCAAGUUCUCUCUGGGCUCCGUGCAGAAGACCGUUCUCAAGGACUGGUUCCGUCUGCUUCCUCUGCCCUCUUCAGGGGAGGAUACUGGGGAGAAACUGGGUCAGCUAAGGCUGCAGGUUCGGCUUGCUGAAGACAGGAUCCUGCCUUCCAGCUACUACCAACCCCUGAUAGACCUCCUUGCGGAAUCUGUCUUGUGUCCUCCAGAGGCAGAUGACCUGACCCCACUUGCCCUUCUGGAAGAAGUAUGUUUGGUGGAGAGUCGUCAAGAUGUAUCCAUCAAGCUUGUCAAGAUCUUCCUUGGGCAAGGCCUGGUUAUACCUUUCUUGGAUUACCUGAAUUUCCGUGAGAUUUCAAGAACAAUGGAUCCCAACACCCUCUUCCGUUCCAACUCCUUAGCCUCCAAAUCCUUGGAACAAUUCAUGAAGAUAGUGGGAAUGCCCUACCUCCACGAAGUUUUAAAAGUUAUCAUACAUCGGAUCUUUGAAGAGAAGAAGUAUGUGGAACUCGAUCCCUGCAAGAUUGAACCUAGCCGGGCCAAGCGGAUUUCCUUCAAAGGCUCCUUGUCUGAGGCCCAGAUCCGAGAAGGCAGUUUGGAAGUGCUGAAAGGAUAUUUGGGAGAGAUCGUGGACGCCAUUGUGGGCUCCACCGAGAACUGCCCUUCUCUCAUGCGAGUAGCUUUCAAACAGCUGUACAAGCGAGUGGAGCAACGCUUUAAGGAAGCAGAGAACCAGGAAGCCAAAUACAUCGCCAUCAGUGGUUUCCUCUUCCUCCGCUUCUUCGCCCCUGCGAUUCUAACCCCGAAACUCUUCAGCCUCCGAGACCAUCAUGCAGAUACGCAGACCAGCCGGACUCUCUUACUUCUGGCCAAGGCAGUCCAGAGCAUUGGCAACCUGGGGCUCCAGCUGGGGCACGGGAAGGAGCAGUGGAUGGAGCCCCUACACCCCUUCAUCCUCGCCAGCAUUGGGCGUGUCCAAGAAUUCCUCGAUAGACUCAUAGAUGUGGACACGGAGAUGGAAGGAAGCAAAAAACAACCGUGGACCCUCUUCCACUCUUCGGCCAUCAUCAAAGAAGGUUACCUGCAGAAACGUAAAGCAGAAGGGGUCCACCUGGUGUCUCGUUUCACCUUCAAAAAGCGCUACUUCUGGCUGAGCCAUGAAAGCUUUUCCUACUCCAAAUCUCCAGAGUGGCAGGUCCGUACAACCAUUCCAAUCCAACGAAUCUGCGCCGUGGAACGGGUGGAUGAAAACGCUUUCCAGCAGCCCCACGUCAUGCAGAUCGCGACGAGAGAGACUGGGGGCCAGUUGUUUACCAUGUACAUUCAGUGUAAGAACGUCAAUGAGCUCAACCAAUGGCUUUCCGCCAUCCGCAAAGCCACCAUCUCCAAUGAAUGCAUGCUGCCUUUUUGCCACCCGGGGGCCUUCAGAGGCAAUCGCUGGACUUGUUGCUUGCAGAUGGACCGUGCCGUUCGGGGCUGCAGCCGUACACAUUCUGCAGUGACCCUGGGUGACUGGAGCGACCCACUGGAUCCCGACGCAGAAGCUCAGAUGGUGUACAAGCAGCUUUUGUUGCAUAAGGACAAGCUCAGGGAAAAGUACCAGGAGAUUUCAAACGUGGAGGCUACUAUGCGGGUACAAAGCAGCGCAGCCAAAAAAGGCUCAGACAAAAACCAGCGAAGGUUGACAGCGGCUGCCCAUCUUCUAGAAGUCAUCCAAGGACUGGAAGAGGCCCACAAGGCUUUUGAACAUCAAGAAGAUGGGGAGAAACCAGGGACUGGCACUCUCCCACCCUCCUAGGUGGCAUCUCCCAUUGGGAACCGGGUCGUCUCGUCUGUGUUGUAAUGAUGAUGUUGUCUCUACAUCUGUUUGGGGGAAGAAAGCAACUACCUACGGCCGCAGAUUAGGCUCUGGCUGAACAAUGAAGGAGAACAAGAGACCGAGAAGAACAUGGCAGAAUUUACACCACCUUUCGUGUUAUCACAUGAAUCUUUCUCAGAAAAAUAGGAUGGGAGUCCAGGUUUCUGCUAACCACAGAGAUGGAUGGA